AUGUGGUCUCAGAGGGAUCCCUCUUUGAGAAAAUCUGGUGUGGGAAACAUCUUCAUCAAGAAUCUGGACAAAUCUAUAGAUAACAAGGCACUUUAUGAUACUUUCUCUGCUUUUGGGAACAUUCUGUCCUGCAAGGUAGUGUGUGAUGAGAAUGGAUCUAAGGGUUAUGCCUUUGUCCACUUCGAGACCCAAGAGGCUGCCGACAAGGCCAUUGAGAAGAUGAAUGGCAUGCUUCUCAAUGACCGAAAAGUGCUUGUGGGCAGAUUCAAGUCCUGCAAAGAGCGCGAAGCUGAACUUGGAGCCAAGGCUAAGGAAUUCACCAAUGUUUAUAUCAAAAACUUUGGGGAAGAGAUUGAUGAUGAGAAUCUGAAAGAACUAUUCAGUCAGUUUGGUAAGACCCUAAGUGUCAAGGUGAUGAGAGAUUCCAGUGGGAAGUACAAAGGCUUUGGCUUUGUGAGUUAUGAAAAACAUGAGGAUGCCAAUAAGGUGGUGGAAGAGACGAAUGGAAAAGAAAUGAGUGGGAAAGUCAUAUUCAUAGGCCGUGCACAGAAGAAAGUAGAAUGCCAGGCUGAAUUAAAACGGAAAUUUGAGCAACUGAAACAGGAGAGAAUUAAUCAAUACCAGGGGGUGAAUCUCUACAUUAAGAACUUGGAUGACACCAUUGAUGAGAAAUUAAGGAAAGAAUUUUCUCCUUUUGGAUCAAUCACCAGUGCUAAGGUAAAGCUGGAGGAUGGAAGAAGCAAAGGGUUUGACUUCGUCUGCUUCUCAUCUACUGAAGAAGCAACCAAAGCAGCCACUGAAAUGAAUGGAUGCAUUGUGGGCUCUAAGCCACUGUAUGCUGCCUUGGCCCAGAGGAAGGAAGAGAGAAAGGCUCACCUGACCAACCAGUAUAUGCAGUGGGUGGCUGGGAUGAGAGCACUCCCUGCCAAUGCCAUCUUAAAUCAGUUCCAGCCUGCAGCUGGUGGCUACUUUGUGCCAGCAGUUCCACAGGUUCAAGGAAGACCUCCAUAUUAUACACCUAACCAGUUAGCACAGAUGAGGCCUAAUCCUCUCUGGCAGCAAGGUGGGAGACCUCAAGGCUUCCAAGGAAUGCCAGGUGCUAUAUGCCAGUCUGGGCCUCGUCCAACUCUUCACCAUCUGGCUCCAAGUGGUGUUCCCACAGCUGUGCCAAACCUUGCACCGCAUGCUGCAGUUGCUGCUGCUGCUCCUCGGGCUGUGGCACCAUACAAGUAUGCCUCCAGUGUCCGCAGCCCUCACCACGCCAUACAGCCUGUGCAGGCACCCCAGCCUGCAGUCCAUGUGCAAGUGCAAGAGCCCCUAACUGCCUCUAUUCUUGCUGCAGCACCACCCCAAGAACAGAAGCAGAUGCUGGGAGAACGUUUGUUUCUGCUUAUUCAAACAAUGCAUUCAAACCUGGCUGGAAUCACAGGAAUGCUGCUGGAGUUUGACAACUCUGAACUGCUACACAUGCUGGAGUCUCCCGAGUCUCUCCGCUCCAAGGUGGAUGAAGCUGUGGCGGUUCUACAGGCUCAUCAUGCCAAGAAAGAAGCUGCUCAGAAGGUGGGCGCUGUUGCUGCUUCUACCUCUUAGACAAGGAAAAACUGGUUCAAAAGCCAAAUAAUCCCUGAUGGAAAUCAGCUCAAGGUUUGAAGACUUCCUAGCUUGUCCUAUGGACCUCAACAUCAAGAACCACAAGUUGCAAAUUUAUUAGGUCAUUUUGUAUCAAAAGGUCAAUUAUGAAAAUGCCUAGAAUUUUUCAAUUAUAAGAAUAUAUUCUCUGGGUUCUGCUAUAGCCUGGACAGUGUUAAUUUUUCUUUUCUAUUGUGGGAUUUGGUCGUGUCCCUCCGUCCCCAACC